AUGGACGAGCUCAGAACCAUUGCGUAUAUUCUGACGGCUGGUGGUAGCUGCAGGGGCCCUCAUGGGAUCCAAGUGCUCUACGAGAAGGACAAUGAGAUUAUUGAGGAACUCUUGAACGGUUCGAAGGUUCAGAGUGAGACCAGCGUUGGCUAUGGCAUCAAGACAAAUGCCCCCAUGGCUUUUGGUAUAUCGUGCAGUGGAGAUACUGAGCAGUCAUUCGUCUUUUCCGUCGACAAGAACAACAAGAUGAAGGCUUUUGUCUUCGACACGGACGAAGAAGAGUGGGAAGACUAUGACUUGGGUGAUGGAGCGGGCAAGGCAGAGCUGCACGCUCAAAGUUCACUUGCCACCGACAGCAGCCAUGACGGUCUCAUCUCAGUCUUCUUUCUCAACACCAACUGCAAGCUGCAGGUUCUUCAGCAGAAGCUCGACGGAAGCUGGCAUUGCGGCCCUGAGCUGGCAGGAGCGUCUCCGCGACCCGGAACGCCAUUGUCCGUGGUUCCGACGGAUGACGACACCAUUCUUGUCUUCUAUCUCGGCCUUGACAAUACAAUGCACUACCUUGCACACAGCUUGGACUCUGACAGGUGGCAAGACCAUCGGUGGGAGACUGUAAAAGUGGAUGAACCCGUUCAGCGGUUCAAGGUCUCCCUCGACACAGAGUCGGGCCAUUAUGAGGCGUUCGUACUGGCCAAAGGCCGUCUUCUUCGAUUCGACGGUGAUGGUCCGCGGCAGGAAGUUGGGCACAUGCAGGGAAAAGAGUUCAUCCCAAGCACCACUGCCCAAUCUGUCAAACGUCACGCGCAGUAG